UCUUUCAAUGACCACAAUGACUUACCUGACUUUAAUGAGAAGGAUGGCAUUAUAAAGAACUGAAAUUGAGCUUUUAUACCAACUGGAACUGUGAUCUUAUAUACUGGAAUAAGACCAUAUGGAAUCAGCGUGUAUGCUUUUUAUGAUUGAUCUGAUCUAUGGCUGGACUUUGUACUGUACUACGAUUUUUACAAGCUGAGAUAAGCCAUGUCCUCCUCAAGUUCCAGACUAUCUGAGGACCUGUUCCAGUGCUCGGUGUGUCUGGAUGUUUUCACCCAGCCUGUCUCUCUCCCCUGUGGACACACAUUCUGCAUCUCCUGCAUCCAAACCCAAUGGAUGACGACCGGCUACCCUCACUGCCCCAAAUGCUCAGCAGUGUUUAGCGUUGCUCCAGAGCUCUGUGAGAAUGCCUUUGCUGAGGAGAUGGUCAGGAAGAUACGGGAACAGAGAGGUAAGGAAACAGUAGAAGACCACGGCACCCGAGUGGCAGUGUGUGACCUGUGCCCGGCUGGGAAGCAGCUACGUGCUGUGAAGUCCUGCUUGGUGUGUUUGGUGUCAUACUGUGAGCAGCAUGUGGCUUCUCAUGCAGCACGAUUUACCAAGCACACUCUGGUGCAGGCAGGGCACCCUCUGGAGGACAGGAUGUGCAAGAAACACGAAAGACCUUUGGAACUCUUCUGCAGAUAUGACCAGACCUGUGUGUGUGUGCUGUGCACAGAUACAGACCAUAAAUCCCAUCAUGCCGUACCGGUGGAGAGGGAGUGGGCAGAGAGGAAGACCAAGCUGUUGAAAUCCCAGUCUGAUAUCCAGCAGAUGAUCCGUGAGAGGCUGAAAAAGACCAGCGAGAUCAAGCAGUCAAUCCAACUAAGCAGAGAACACACAAACAGAGAGAUUGCAGAUAGUAUGGAGGUCUUCACUGGUCUGGUGCGAUACAUUGAAAGGAGUCAGGCUGAGCUGCAGAAGUUGAUGGAGGAGAAGCAGAAAGCAGCAGAGAGACAAGCUCAAGAGCUUAUUAAAGAGCUGGAGAUGGAGGUUACUAAACUGAAGGGUAAAGAUUCAGAGCUGGAACAGCUCAUUAACUCUGAGGACUACCUUCAUCUCCUACAGGUAUGUCCAUCUGUGAGUCCUGACCCUCGCACUAAAGACUGGAGCCACACAAGAGUUAGCACCAUGCAUUGCUUGGGCCUGCUGAGAAGAGCUGCCACUCGCAUAGAAGAACUAAUGAGGAUUCAGAUACAUAAAAUCACAAACAGAGAACUGGAGGCAGUGUCCCAGUAUGCAGUGGAUCUGACCCUUGACCCAAGCACAGCAAACCCUUGGCUGGUGGUGUCCACAGAUGGGAAACGCGUGAAAGAUGGGAAUGUGCAGCAGGAUGUUCCAGAUAAUCCCAGGCGUUUCGAUACAGCCCCAUGUGUGCUGGCACAAGAAACAAUGUACAGGUGGAGGACCUACUGGGAAGUGGAGGUGGCCGAUAAAACAUCUUGGGAUCUGGGCGUGGCCAGACAGUCAGUCAAUAGAAAGGGUCUGGUCACACUGAGCCCAAAGGAUGGCUACUGGGCAAUCUGCUUGAGAAGGGGAAGGGAGUAUAGAGCAUGUGAUGGUGAAUCAGUGCUGCUCUCUCUGCGCAGUCAGCCGCAAAAGAUUGGCAUAUAUGUGAGUUAUGAAGAUGGACAGGUUUCAUUUUAUGACCCGAUAUCUCGAGUUCAUAUCUUCUCCUUCACUGGGCAGCGAUUUACUGAGCCUUUACUGGCCUUCUUCAACCCUGACACGAAUGACAGUGCUCCACUCAUCAUAAGGCCUGUCAGGUGUCAGGACCGAAAGCCAUAUGAUGGUGUAACAAUAUGAAGCCGAACUGCUUUUUUUUGUGAUCCAAUCAGAAAAAAAAUGAGUAGACAAAUUGCUGAUCUAAUCUAUUCAUAACUACAGUGUUCAGUAUUGAUUCAUACAAAACUGUUUCCCAAAAAAUCUGGCAGAUUUUUAUUUUGACAAUUAGCACCACUAACGAUUGUAAAAAUAAAUUAUAUUGAACGACAAACUAAAUAAAUUAUUUCAAUUAA